AUGGAAUUGUUCAAUGUCACUCAGCCUGCAUUCUUUCUCCUGACUGGUAUCCCUGGCCUGGAGAGCUCUCACUCCUGGCUGGCAGGGCCCCUCUGUGUGAUGUACGCUGUGGCCCUUGGGGGAAAUGCAGUGAUCCUGCAGGCUGUGCGAGUGGAGCCCAACCUCCACAAGCCCAUGUCCUACUUCCUGUCCAUGUUGUCUUUCAGUGAUGUGGCCAUGUCCAUAGCCACACUGCCCACUGUACUCCGAACCUUCUGCCUCAAUGCCCACAGCAUCACUUUUGAUGCCUGUCUAAUUCAGAUGUUUCUUAUUCACUCCUUCUCCAUGAUAGAAUCAGGUAUUCUGCUGGCCAUGAGUUUUGACCGCUACGUGGCCAUUUGUGACCCCUUUCGCUAUGCCACUGUGCUCCCCAAUGAAGUCGUUGCUGCAAUGGGUUUAGGUGUGACUGCUCGAAGCUUCAUCACCCUCCUCCCUCUUCCCUUUCUUAUUAAGAGGCUGCCUAUCUGCAGAUCCAAUGUUCUUUCUCACUCCUACUGCCUGCACCCAGACAUGAUGAAGCUUGCCUGUGCAGAUAUCACUAUCAACAGCAUCUAUGGACUCUUCGUUCUUGUAUCCACCUUUGGCAUGGACCUGUUUUUUAUCGUCCUCUCCUAUGUGCUUAUUCUGCAUUCUGUCAUGGCCAUUGCUUCCCAUGAAGAACGCCUCAAAGCUCUCAACACAUGUGUGUCACAUAUCCUGGCUGUACUUGCGUUUUAUGUGCCAAUGAUUGGGGUCUCCAUGGUGCACCGCUUUGGGAAGCAUGUCCCAAGCUACAUACAUGUCCUCAUGUCAAAUGUAUACCUGUUUGUGCCUCCUGUGCUCAACCCUCUCAUUUACAGCGUCAAGACAAAGGAAAUCCGCCGAGCCAUUGUCCGCAUGUUUCACCGCAUCAAAAUAUGA